UCUCGCAUUGCUGUUGGAUAUGGCCGAUAUUCCUAGUCGCAGGCCGCUGCGGGACCUGCUGGCCGACCAGCUGCCCAAGGACGUGCCAUUCGCCUUCUAUCACUACUCGACGCCGCCGACCAAGUCGCCCGCCCUCUUCUCCGCGCCGCCGCACCUCAAAGCCGAACGGACCUCCUGCGAGUCGCACUUCCUCGCCGCCACAAUCACGCCCGCGCCGGACGAUGCCGCCGCGCCGCUCCCCGAGGAGCUGCUCAUCCUCGCCAUCGAAGUCCUGGUCUACACCACCCGCCGCCUCACCACCAUCUUCGUGUCCAAGGCCGACUCGACCGGCUACCUCGCCGAGCUGCAGCUGCCGCGCGCCGGCGGCUCGCCCCUAAAGGCCAUCUGCGGCACCUUUGUCGCCUGGCUGGCCCGCGAACGCCAGCGCGAGGGCAAGAAGCUGGUCAUCUCGCUCUUCGCCCGCGCCCAGGACCAGUACCUGUUCCCCGCCAGUAUCGACAACAAGAACAAGCACGUGCUCGACGACCGCGGCCUGGUCAAGUGGUGGUGCAACGUCCUGGACCCGAUAGUCUCCUCCUACCCGGCCGAAUCCCGUAAAUCGUUCCACGACCGCUUGCGCGACAGUGAGACCGCCGCCACCACCACCGCCCCGACUGCCCACGGCUACCUCCUCAUCCCCGGCUACGACUCCCAUGCCACCCUGCGCUGCGUCCCGCGCACCCCCGACUCGCCCCCCCGCUGGUCCGCAGCCCACCCGCUCCUCGCCCUCGCCCCGCACCCCGCCGCCCCGCCGCGCUGCCUGGUCCCGCACUUCCCCGACGACCCCAAAGCGCGCUUCCUGGACGAGCUGGACGAGGAGCUGCCGGGCGGCGACGCGGGCGGCACGCCGUCGCGCAGCACGGGCGCCUGGCGGAGCGUCAAGACGCUGGAGCAGUUCUGGGAGCUCAUGGCGUUCCGGCAGGAGUGUUCGUCGGGGCGCAUCGUGGGCUUUGUGUGGGUUGUCAUCACGCCGGGGGCGGACAUCAGCGGCCUGGAGGAGCAGGAGCAACUGGAAACAGAGGGCGGGAUGCAGCUCGACGCCUCCCAGUCCACCCAGCCGAGCCAGAUCUCGCCCUCCCAGGGCUCCCUCGACUCCCGCCCCUCCCCACGCAAACCCAAGAAGCGCACCCACCGCACAAAAUCCCGCCCCCGCACAGGCCCCAUCCCGCUCCUCCUCCCGCGCAUCAAGACCGCCAACCCCCCGCCGUCUACACACCACGCAGCCGCAAAGCCGCCGCCCAACAGAGACACCCUGCUCUUCACCCCGUCCCACUACCGCCGCGCCACAGACGUGCUGCUGCACUCCUCGUUCGCCACGCGCGGCGCCGCCGCCCGGAGCACCGCCGCCUUCAAGCGGGAGGUUGGUGUGUUGGGUGGGGGUGGGCGGUGGGGGUGGGUUGUCGUUGGGCGGCGGGAUACGCGUGGGGAAGGAGGGGCGGGGGAGAGGGAGGUCACUGUGCUUAGUGGACGUGUGGAGAAGAGGGAUGGUGAGACGGUGUUGGGGGAUGCGCUGGUUAGGAAGAAAGUUAAGACUGAGCACGCUGCGGGGGAGGGUAAAGGUAAGGGUACAGGGGAGGGUAAGGGCGUGCAGGUGUUGGGUGCCGGGCUGGUGCGGCGGAAGCCCAAGCCCUGAGACGCUGGCCUUGAGGAGGGCGGGGUGUUUGCUUUGCCUUGAGCUUUUUGGGCUUAUUUCACACCUGGAUAAUGACGGGUUGGGUUAAUGAGGGAUGUAAUGAGGGCACGAGGAUAUGAUGGAGAUACAACGCGCAUACGAUGAAGACACGCGCACACGAUGACACAACGCGCAUACGAUAGAUAUCACGCGCAUACGAUCAAGAUACCAUGACCAAGCGGCGGCAUUACACACUAUCGACUAAGAAUUAUACUUUAAUUACCUUCACCCCUCCUCCUCUCCUCUC